AUGCCAAAACCUAUGCCACACUCAGAGCCGGAGCCUUGCAAACCUGAACCGAUGCCCAAACCCAAACCAAAGCCUGGACCCAAGCCAGAACUUGGACCAAAGCCCGAGCCGAUGCCAAAACUGAAGCCAAAGCCCAAGCCCAAGCCCUGCUCCAAACCAAAGCCAAAGCCUAAGCCCGAGCCCAUGCCGAAACCUGAACCAAAGUCGGAGGCCAAGCCUAAACCUGAACCGAAACCGAAGCCGCCUUCAAAGUGCAAACCACCGACCACUCACAGUUGA